CUUAAAAUAUCAUAUGGUACAAACUUCACUUGAACAACUUGAAGAAGUCAGUCUUAUUUAUCACCAAACGAUUCCUGACGUCUUUGCAAACCCCACCUUUUUCAUAUUUCAGUGCUUGCAAGGUGUUGGCUUUUGAAAUGCAACUUACCUUCUCCCAACUCUUUCUUAAUACCCAUAACAUAAUCGAGGCAGUGCUUCCGCUUUUGCGUUUAACUUCACUCACAGCUAAGAUCGGUUCGGUAGUCGGUUCAAACCGGCAGAGAGGUUGAAGCUGAAUUCACGACGCUUCACCAACUAACAUUGUCAACUUACACCAUCCAUACUACAAUGCUUCUUUUUUUCCAAGUUCAUCUCCUUCCUUCUUUUCUUCGAACUCACCUUCCGAAAACCCUACAUCAUAUACCAGGCUCUUCAUAGAAGUAUUUGGGGGGGUUGAAUGUCAUACUCCUCCUAUCACUACUUUCUAUCGUCACACAGUCUAUUAGCUUUUAUUGCUUCCAAUAUUCUGGUUACCAACUACAACUUCAUCGACGUCACCAUCGACAUACCCCGCUGUUCCUCAAGACACUCCAGCUACCAACUACAUCUUCAACAUCGUCACCAUCAAACCUCAGUACCCAUUCAUAUGAAGUCAGAUACUUAAAUCUAUUCGAGAUGCCACCAAAACGCCCUAACGAAGGGAGCGAUGGCCAGGCAACCAAACGAGCAAAGCCUGGUCAGGCGAGUGACCCUGCGCCAAAGACUGCUUCUGUUCCACAGAGAAAAGCAACCAGGUCUACGAAGAUAAAUGGUGAUGGCGGCACCCAAAUUUCGAGGUCCAAUCCUCCCCCAGAACUUCAACUCAUUCAAAUCCCACGUCCGACAAAGCCCAAUGGCUUUCCAUGUUUUUCUGAUGGCGACGUGCUCGUUAUAUUGGAUCAUGGCGACCUAAAACAUCAAUUCCGGCUACAUAGCCAGGUCCUGAGAAACUUCAGCCCCGUAUUUGGCGAAUUGUUGUCAGCAAAGCUUCCCGAAAAGAUUCCCAAGAGGAUCUUAAACGCAAACAAAACCGAACUGGAAUUUUGCCUAGAGCUCAUCAAGGACCCAGAAUCGGGUUGGUGCCUUCAAAGAAGGUCUCUCUACAGAAACGCAACCCUGGACAAUUCCAAGGCGGUUCCGGCGACUGGAAGUCAAGUGAAAGAUUAUGACGGAGGUUUUGGCAGUGAUGGCAGUUCGGAUGAUACAUUAACCCUGCCGACUGAUAGAUGGUCGCCUCCACCACCGUUACAGGCGCCUGGCGUGUAUUCCCAUGGAGAAAAUCCCCCUAGGGGAUCUGAUCGUGAUACUUCCCCUAGUCCUAUUAUAACCCCAAAAAGGUUGACCCUGGCAGAACAUUUGGGAUCGUCCCCAACUCAAGAUCUUGACGUUGAUAUGUCUUCCGCCUUAGGAGCAUCAGGAGAUUCGGCCCAGAUAGAUUGCUCAGGGUGUCCCCAAGCUCAAGAAGACGAUGAGAUAUCUGUUUUUGAGCGCGCGGUUUAUAAUGGAACGGGCGAAGCAUCCCGUGAAAGUUGUGGCUCGACUAUAGCCAAGGAUAAUCAAACUCAAAGAAGCACCUACCCAGAUACCAAAGUUGUCAACUCGGUCACAGGAGCAACCAUACUUAGUAAUGGAGCACCACCAACUCCCACUUAUGAACCGGAGACAUCUGUGGUUGAAAUGAGGCAAUUCGCCAGGCCUGAACAGAUAAGCGGCGACAUUUCAGCCGACAUGGAAAUUUUGCCAAAGGAAGAUGCCUGCGAUUCUAUUACGAGUCCGCGAACUGAAGCACUCGACAAUGAGCCUCCCUCAGCUCCAACCUCAGACUGGGAGUCUUCUUCAGCAGCCGCAACGGCCCCGAAUGAAGAGAAAAAACUAGAUGGCUCAGAAAUGGGGGCUUCUAUGAAUACGCCGAAUAUAAUGACCAUACGACAAGGCGUUGUAGAGAGAUUUAUCCCUAUACUAAACUUCCACAGAGCAAAUUCCGCAAUAUGGACCGGAGACAAAGGCGAGAAGGCUUAUUCGGUCGGAGUCAAUAUUGAGUACGUUUCGGUGAAAGGAGUUCAGGAUGAUGACUGUCAACUUGUUUCAGUCCAUCGAAAAAGUCAAUCUGCAGGAGUUUCCCCCGUUAUACCCAUUUUUAAAUCUUGUCUGAUGCAGCAACGCAAAAUCCACGCUUAUGCUUCACUUCUACGUGUCGCGUACUAUAAACCCCCUAUUGUUUCGCAGAAAGAUAUAAGCCAAGCUCUUAUCCAGUCUGAACAUCUGAUUGAAGCAGCAAAGUUAUAUCAAACACUACCAGCCAUCGAAGCACAUGUUAGCCAUUUGCUAGCACAACAUGGUCGCUCACUGUUUCAAAGCGUAGCUCUGGACCCAGUUCGGUGGCUCAAUAUCUCGAUUAAUCUCAAGAAUAAAAUUAUUUUCCAAGAAGCGAUGAUACACCUCGUUGGUCGGAUUCCGGAUGAAUUUACGUCAGAGACUUUUUCUGGAGUUCCUCACAAUAUCCUCAGGCUUCUGCAACGAAAGUACAGGGAAAUGGAUGAGGAAAUUUCUAGGGUUAGCAGAUUGCUUUCUGCGGGUUCAAUUUAUGAGUUCGGGAUCAGAGCCGAUUUGACCGACAAAUCAUCAUUUGAUAUUUGGGUUUUGGCAGGCCUUUGGCGAGAGUGGUUCGCCACAAAUUUUGAAAAGGCCAAAACUGAAGGUCGUCAUCCCGAAGAACCCACGAUCCAAUCGAAGCUAGGCUUGCUCUACCGAACCAUAUAUGCAGGCGGCGAUGCAUACCUUCCGAAACAGAAGGUUUUGGAUAUUCUUCGUCCAUUUCAGAAAGACGGUGCAGAUCAGACUGGAGGUUUUCUGCAGUGGGAUACGGCUGAGUUUGAUCUCACUCUGAUGAAAGCAUAUGCCAGAAAAGUGGUGCAAAACCUCUGCUAUAAUAGGAGUCGGCUAGAUCCUUCAGAGGCCGGCUUUUCAUACCUCACUUGCACUCACAUUGACGACAUUGAGUUUCCAUGGGUCAAUGCUCCGAGAAACUGAUACACGCCGUCAACAUCCAUGCAUCUGGCAACAACGAUGAUGCCUUCAAUCGGCUUCUACUGAACUUCUCUUGGUAUUCACAUUCCAAUGAGUCAUACUAUUUCGGUGGCUAAACGACAUUCAAAUAUUCAUACACACGUUUCACAUUUUAUUGAACUCACGGCAACCAAAUAUACGUAUCCAAUAUUCGAACUUGACGCAGUCCUUGUUCUCCAUUUACUCAGCCGUCUAUCAUUCCGCUCUAUUCAGGCCCGCCCACUCUCUAGGACUGAAUUCUCCAAGCCGAUUUGAGAAGCAACUAGGACGGCGUUAAUCUUCAAAACAGCAAAACAAUAGGCCAACUCCUAGGAAGUUCUGAUUGAAGCAGGCAGUCUCGCCAUAUUUCAUAACUUUGAAAAUAUUAAAUAUAAAUACUUUAUCAGC